GUUCCCCGUGUGGCGCACACUUCAUUCUUUGGAAAUGCAAUGAAAGGACAUGGGUGACAUCAGAAAAAAUAUAUUGGCAUUAGGCCUUGUGAUUUUGGUGGUGGAAUAUACGUUUGUUAUUUGCGAUGGAAUACGCUGGACAAAAUACCAUUACAAUGGCAAUACUGGCCAUGAACACGUCGAACCGAGAGAAAAAGCCUUUACUGCUGAAGUAAAGGACCCUGUUGCAUGCGCCAAGCUAUGUCACACAAGCGGUGUUUGCAAAAGUUUUUCCUUUCAAGCAGAAACUGACGAGUGUUCAGGAUGCAGAACACCCCAUUGUGAUGCAGUAGCCACCGAAAACCCAAAGGACUCUGCAACAUCAGUGUUCUUUUCAACUGCCAAGGAGCCCAGUGGACCUUCAUCUGUACGUUUAGCUGGUGGACACCUUGAGUAUGAGGGAAGGCUAGAAGUGUUUCAAAAUGGACAGUGGGGAGCAGUCUGCAAUGACAGUUUUGGCACGAAAGAAGCAAUGGUUGCUUGCAAAAUGCUAAACUUAACAUGGGAUUAUGCGAAAACGUAUCCUAGUGCUCACUUUAAUGAGAGUACACUACCAGUCCUUCUUGGUGAUGUUUCAUGUUCCGGUUCGGAGAACAGCCUUUUCGAGUGUAUGCAUCGUGCUUGGGGCGAAGCUGAUUGUAGACAUGGUGAGAAUGUUGGAAUGUCCUGUGCACCAGUUUCUUCCGUACGUUUAGUACAUGCAUUUUACGAGUGGACUGGAAGACUACAGGUGUUUCAUAAUAAACAGUGGACCGCAGUGUGCGCCGACAGUUUUGAUACAGAAAAAGCAAUGGUUGUUUGCAACAUGCUCAACUUCACUUGGGCACAUGUGAAAACAGUUCCUAUAUUUUACAACAAUUCAAAGGAUACAACAAAAUUACGUCUGGAUGAUUUUUCAUGCACUGGGUCGGAGAGAAGCCUGUCUGAAUGUCCUCACUAUUCUAUAGGCAAAAGCGAUUGUAGUCUUGACGAAAUUGUCGAAAUAACUUGUGCACCAGUCUUUCAUAUACGACUCGCCGAUGCAGAGAGUUUACGCAAAGGACGUGUUCAGGUAUCUUAUGAUGGGAAACAGUGGUUCUCUAUGUGUGGGUUUGGGUUUGACAAAAAUGCUGCUAAAGUUUUGUGCAGAAUGUUAGGAUACGAAACAUCGAGUCCAAACCAUGAUGUCGUUGCCGAUUAUGAUGGUGCUGCGUUCCUCACCGUAAUCAAAUGUACGGGGUCAGAAGAUUCCUUGCUGCUCUGUACGAUUUUUGUACCUCCGGAAGGAGACUGUGAUGAUAAGGAAGUCAUUACAGUUGAAUGUCCUUGAACAAGUUGCCACUUGUUGAAAUUCAAUUUAACUGUUCUAGAAAAAAGCUAUUGACAGACCAUUUUUCAAAAUAAUGUUUUGUUAUUCUUAUUGCCGUAUCUGAUUGAUUACCAUACUGUACAAUCGGGUGAGAUUAAAUUUGAGAGCAUUGAACAA